AUGAGUCUACCGGGCCCUGUUGAGAGAGCUCUCGAAAGAAUCGGGUGGGGAAAAUACCAAACCCGUCUCUACUUUAAUUGCCUUGCUGUAAUUUCUACAAAGGGUGUAACAACGUCCAUGAUUUGGACAGAAACGACUUCAAUAAUGAUGUACAAAAGCAAAGAUCUUGAAGGAAUUUUGAAAACUCUUGUUCCGAUGUCACUUAAUCUUGGGACUUUAUUAGGCUGCUAUUUAUUUUCAUAUCUCAUUGGAUAUCUUGGUCGAGCUCCUGUAUAUAGAAAUACAAUAAUUGUGACUGCACUAGGAGGAAUGAUUAUUAGCAUUUUCCCAUAUGAAUAUGUUAUACUUAUUGGCUUGCUUAUUAUAUGCUGAAUUAGGUGAAUUUUUAAAAAAAAAUUAUAAAUAAAAAAUAUGUGGAGGUUUUAUUGGUGGGAAUAGGCUUUGGAAUUGGUGGAGACAUGACGCUAUCGUCUACUGUGCUAAUGGAAAGCAUUCCUCCUAGCAAUAUGAGGGUUAUAACGAUGCUGAAUAUUGGUUAUAGCUUUGGCACAGGACUUGCUAUAGGAGUAGCGAUUAUUAUUGAAGCUGUUUAUUUUGCGUCUGUUCCUGACUGGGUAAUUUUGAUAUGAAUGGGAACACUUUUUAGUGGGAUUUUAAUAUGAUUGAGAAAAGGAAUUUUAGAAAGUCCUAUGUAUUUACAUUCAAAAGGAGAUUUAAGGCUAGAAGCAGUGAUGCAGCAGAUUGCUAAAAUUAAUGGGAAAAAUCAUACAAAUGUCAGUCUUGAUGAGUCAAGAAAACCUGAAGGAGAAGUCCAUGUGGAACGAGAAAAAAAAAUUUAUUAUUUUUUAAUUAUAAACAAAUUUAAUAGAAAUGUUAUAAAAAAUACUGAUUAUUUAUAUAGAAAAGUUUAAUUAGUGUAUUUAAAAGACCAUAUAUCACUGCUACCCUCGUUCAAAGUAUCCAAUACCUCACUUGCAAUUUUGCUUAUUUCGGGAUGAUCUUAUUUAUGCCAAUGAUUUUGCCUGAAACUUCUACCUUGGAGUCUUAUACUGUCAUUUUAAUCCAACAAUUAUGUAAAUAUUAUACAGGUGGGAUGGCUGGCUGUGGUCUAGCUGCAUAUAUGAUUUACACACCACUAGGAAGAAGAGGAACAGAAACAUUAGGAUUUAUUUUAGCAGGAUUCUGUAUGUACCCGUUUAUGGCCUCUGACAAAUUGUGAAUUGUAAUUCCUAUUUAGAUAUAUUCUUUAUUAAAAUAAAAUUUAUUUUUAUUUUUUUUAAAAAUAAUUUAAUAUUGCUGAGAAUGCAGGGAAUACACAUUUUCAUGCUUAAUUUCAUGUUUUUUGAUGAUUGGGUCCUCCACAAUGUACACACAUUCUCAAGAAUUGUAUCCGACACAUAUUAGAGGAAUUGGAGUAGGGUGACUUACAGGGAUGUGCUUGAUGACGUCUGUUAUCACGCCUCCGAUCAUAGGAAUCUUACAAGAACUUGUAGGGAAUUUUCUAGUCUUGGGGUUAUGUGGGGCCUGCUUCUUUAUAGCAGGAUCAUUGUCAUAUUUAUUGCCAGAAACUCUCAGUGCAAGAGAAGUGUACAUUGAAAAUAACAUUUAA